AUGCAGAUCUUACACAUCUCUACCGUCUCAUUGUUAUCAUUUUCUAUGUACACUUUAGCAUUGCCUGCUCCUCAUCCUGACGCACCAGCUGGACCGGGGGCUGAUAUCCUUGGUAUUCCAACCUCUUUGUCUUCUAAUGAAAAAACACUUGCAGCUCUUCCUGAGACCAAAGACUUGGGAACCGAUAAGUCAGGAAUAGAUGGAAAGAAAGACGAAACAAAGGCACCAGCUGGGUUAGGAGACAAUGAAUUAAAGAAAAAAGAUCCGCUUACGAAAGAGGACACAAAGGCACCAGCUGGGUUAGGAGGCAGUGACUCAAAGAAAAAAGAUCCGCUCUCGGCAAGUGGUCCACUCGGUGCUGAUGUAAAGACCCCAGGAGCUACUCCAGGUGAAAUACCAGAACAAUGUCGUCAAUAUAUUAAAGACAGCCCACCAAAGUCUACCCCACCAAAGUCCACCCCAUCAACACCGGUGCCACCAAAGGUCACCCCACCAAAGGUCACCCCACCGGUUCAUGAGGCUCCCAAGACGUCGCCCCCCACUAAGACCGAAAACUUCAAGGCACACAGGCUGUAUUCACUACUGCAUUCUCAAGCUCAGUUCUGGUAUAUGCUAUCGCUGCUGUCUUCCUCUGAAGCGAUUAAAACUUAUCUGGAGCAAGAUAGAAUUAGAAAGAAUUUGUUUCUGAAACUGGAAGCUUGA